GCCAUUGCAAAGUUGGCUGACAAAGAAGUAACACGUUCAAAACAAAGCCGGACAGCUAGGUUGAUUGAAAAUGAUAUCAAAAUAAGAGGUGAAUGCGAACACGAAGAUAUACCGGCCAUAUCAGAGACCAAUAAACUUUGCAAGAACAAUGGUAAACCGUUAAAUUCUUCGGCUUCAGUAUCAGCAGUACAUGCACGAUGGUGUAUGUUUCCGAAAUCAUAUUUAAUUUCUUACUCCAGGCCCCUCAUCUCAUUAAAACGUAUGAUAAAUGCAGAUUAACCUUGUAAAGAUAGAUUACAUCUCUAACAUUAGUUUCAAGAGAUGUGCGCAUCGCAGCGCAGCAUUUAGUGAAGACAGGAGCGGAUCCAGGAUUUUUCUUAGGAGGGGGUGCACCACUAAGGAACUACCAUUUUAACGAUCAUUUUGAUGGCGUUUAACAUAAAUUCUUAAACCUCGUCUCAUGUUUUACUUCAACACCAAUAAACCACAAAGUUUUUUUUUGGCAGAAUACCAGUUAAAUUAAAAAGCUACAUUUCAUGUCAGGGGAGGGAAAGCGUACCCCCUGCCCCCUGCAGCCUCCCCGCCCCCUGAUGCGCCCCUAAAAAGUUAUGGUCGACGCUCAUAGAAAAUUAUCUUUUCUUUUUAACAGAUGUGUUGCAAAUUAUUGUUCCUGAACCAAGUUUUAACCGAGUCUUAACCGAGAACGCAUAUAAGGGAGAAUCCGGUGACGACCCUUACGACAACAUUUCCAUGGAUCCAGGUGAACUGCCUAUGGCAAGUGGAGUGACAGACAUUCGUGCAGCAACCAUGAUGUUUGAAGGUAAGCACGAGGAAUGCAUUCGUUUGUUGCCGUAUACAAAGGAUGGUCAGUUUGUGGUUCAGUUUUAUGUCUAUAGUGGUGAGUCUGGUAUUCCCAAAGAUUUAAGGAAAGAAGCCCAAACGUUUUUCGAAGAUAUGCAUGUGAAGCUGGAAUGGUCAGAUCUGUAUAACGACAGCGUCAACAUACUGAAUGUUCAACGACUCAAGUAUCCAUUUGGCAAACCCACACCACUGACUGCUUCUCAGGUUGACGAAAUGAAUCAAGUGUUUGAAAACAAGCUUCCUGAACUUUCUAAGCGUCGCAAUGUUACCUAUGUGUAGGCCUCUUUCAAAAUCACAGAUUCCACGCAAACAGAUAAGCCUUGUAUUACGAUUUAUGUGCUCGGUAAAGGAUUUAUUCCAUUUGGCGAGCUUGCGUUUCCAAAUGCAUUUGAGGGUUACCCCGUUGAUGUUGUGAAUGGAUUUUGGAUAAGAGCCGGUUGAUGUAGGGAACACUUCGCCAAGAAAAAUAGCAGAGUACUUCGUUGGUGUCAAUAAAAAUGUUGUAUGGCCCCAGACUAAAGGCAAGGAAUACUUCAUCGAUGCUGCCACUGCAAAGUUGCCUGACGAAGAAGUAACACGUUUAAAACAAAGCCGGACAGUUAGGUUGAUUGAAAUUGAUAUCAAAAUAAGAGGUGAAUGCGAACCCGAAGAUAUACCGGCCAUAUCAGAGACUAAUAAACUUUGCAAGAAGAAUUGUACACCGUUAAAUUCUUCGGCUUCAGGAUCGGCAGUACAUGGACGAUGGUCUAUGUUGCCGAAAUCAUAAUUAACGCCUUACUCCAGGCCUCUCAUCUCAUUAAAACUUAUGAUAAACGCAGAUUAACCUUGUAAAGAUACAUAACAUCUCUAACUUUAGUUUCAGGAGAGGUGCCCAUGGCCGUGCAGCCUUUAAGUGAAAACUGGAGCGGAUCCAGGAUUUUUCUUAGGAGGGGGUGCACCACUAAAGAACUACCAUUUUAACGAUCAUUUUUAGGGCGUUUAACAUAAAUUCUUAAACGUCGUUUCGUGUUUUACUUUAACACCAAUAAAUCACAUUGUUUUUUUUUGGCAGAAUACCAGUUGAAUUGAAAAGCCGCAGGUCAUCUCAGGGGAGGUAAUGCGUACCCCCUGCCCCCUGCACCCUCCUUUCCCUUAUGCGCGCCUAAAAAAUUAUUGUCGACGCUCAUACAAAAUUAUCUCUCCUUUUUAACAGAUGUGUUACAAAUGGACAAGCUUAGUAUUCUUCCCGAACCGUGUGUUAAAUUCGUACAUGAUGGAGAAUCCGUUGAAGACCCUAACGACUACAUUUCCAUGGAUCCAGGUGAACCGCCUAUGGCAAAGGCGAGUGGAGUGACAGACAUUCGUGCAGCAACCAUGAUGUUUGAGGCUGAGCAUGAGGAAUGUAUUCGUGUGUUGCCAUAUUCAAAGGAUGGCCAGAUUGUGGUUCGGUUUUAUGUCUAUAGUGGGGAGUCUGGUAUUCCAAAAGAUUUAAAGGAAGAAGCCGAAACGUUUUUCGAAGAUAUGCAUGUGAAGCUGGAAUGGUCAGAUCUAUAUAACGACAGCGUCAACAUACUGAAUGUUCAACGACUCGAGUAUCCAUUUGGCAAACCCACACCACUGACUGCUUCUCAGGUUGACGAAAUGAAUGAAGUGAUUGAAAACAAGCUUCCUGAACUUUCUAAGCAUCGCAAUGUUACCUCUGUGCAGGCCUCUUUCAAAAUCACAGAUUCCACGCAAACAGAUAAGCCUUGUAUUACGAUUUAUGUGCUCGGUAAAGGCUUUAUUCCAUUUGGCGAGCAUAAGUUUCCAAAUGCAUUUGAGGGUUACCCCGUGGAUGUUGUGAAUGGAUUCUGGAUAAAAGCAGGUAAACCAUACUGGAAACCAACAGAGGCACAAGAGCAAAGUGAUGUGCUUUGUUUAGGAGCAAGCGUUGGCGUACAAGGAAAGAAAUCAUCUGGGUCACUAGGUGCUAUUGUGAAAGACGGUAGCACUUAUUAUGCUUUGUCCUGUGAUCAUGUAAUGAACUCAGAAGAGUCAAGAUCUAUUGUUCAUCCUGGACUUAAUGACCACCUAAACUAUCUGAAAUAUUAUCUAGCACAAUAUAAACGUUGUGUAGAUGAUGUAACCGGCUUGGAAAUAGAGUGUUCCGUUGAAACCCUUUCAUCGAGUGAGGCACUACGAGAUGAAUUCGAACGGCUAAAGCUCAUAAAAAAUAAUCACCCCAGAAGCAACACAUACACCAGGACGGAUUUGGGAAGAAUUGAAAAGCUUGAGAAAGCUUUUGAAGAAGGGAACAAGCCGCCAAGAAAAAUAGGAGAGUACUUCGUUGGUGUCAAUAAAAAUGUUGUAUGGCCCCAGACUAAUGGCAAAGAAUACUUCAUCGAUGCUGCCAUUGCAAAGUUGCCUGAUGAAGAAGUAACACGUUUAAAACAAAGCCGGACAGCUAGGUUGAUUGAAAGUGAUAUCAAAAUAAGAGGUGAAUGCGAACCCGAAGAUAUACCGGCCAUAUCAGAGACCAAUAAACUUUGCAAGAGUGGCCGAACAACGGGAUAUACCGAGAUCCGCAACAAAAUUGUUGGACCUGGAGUCGUGGCUCCACAUUUUAUGAAGCCUCCAUUGUACAAGCUACAUGAUCCAUUUGUCACUUGUGAAGCGAAAACGUUCGUUUGUGAAAGCUGUGGAGAAAGUCAACGCUUUGUCGCUGAAAGUGAACAACCUCGCCCAUGUGAAGAGUGCGGCGAAGGGAAAGCCAGUGUGUACGAUACGUUUUGGUUAAAAAGGUGCUUGUGUAUCCAAGAAGGAGAAGAGGAAUUUGCCAAGAGUGGAGAUUCUGGAUCUGUGAUCUUCGUUAAGGUAAAGAAAGACGACCCCGAAAAGAAAGCAGAAUGCGACCCCAAAAAGAAAGCAGAAUACGUCCUCGACGGUGUUGGCCUUCUUUUCGGUAUACAAAAUCAUCAAUAUUAUCGUUAUAUUUUUGCAUCACCUUUAAAAAUUGCUCUGGCUGCUUUGACCGAGGAACACCGAGAUAUUUGCAGUUUAGUACUGGUUUCAAGUUACCAAUGAGUGACGCACUAUUUUGAGUGCCAUGCGUACAGCGAUUGUUUGUUCAAAAUUCUCCAAAAUAUUAUGUCAAAACGUGUGAUAUAUUUGAGAGAAGGUAUCGAGGAACACUUUUGAAAAAACGUAGGACCAGCUGCUGUUCUUCAGCCAAACAAUAUUAACAUUUUUCGUCUGUGAGACCUUAGAAAUGGCUUUUAAAAGAACGCGCCCUCGGCCAUUCUUGUUUGAAAGUUGCCUGAUGAAGAAGUAACACGUUUACAACAAAGCCGGACAGCUAGGUUGAUUGAAAGUGAUAUCAAAAUAAGAGGUGAAUGCGAACCCGAAGAUAUACCGGCCAUAUCAGAGACCAAUAAACUUGGCAAGAGUGGCCGAACAACGGGACCUGUUGUCGUGGCCCCCAGUUUUAGGAAGCCUCCAUUAUACGAGCUACAUUACCCAUUUGUCAGUCGUAACACGAAAAAUUUCGUUUGUGGAAGUUGUGGAGAAAGUCAACGCAUUGUCGCUGAAAGUGAACAACCUCGCCCCUGUGAAGAGUGCGGCCGAGGCGAAGUCCGUUUGCAUAAUACAUCUUGGUUUAAAUGGUGCUUGUGCAUCCAAGAAGGAGAAAAAGAAUUUGCAAAGGGUGGAGAUUCUGUAUCGAUGAUCUUCGUAAAGUUAAAGAAAGACGAACUCAAAAAGAAAGCAGUACACGUCUUCGACGGUGUUGGCCUUCUUUUCGGUAU